AUGGCUCGGCCAAGAGACUCGCGCUCACCAAGUCCUGCAGGCAGCCAUUACAACUCGCGCCGCCACCGGAAAGAUGACGACCGGCGGGAUGCCAGAGACCGCCGAGACGAUGGAAGGGACCCUCGCCGGCGCUCAAGGUCGCGCAGCCCGGAUUAUCGAUACCGCGACCGCGACCGAGGCAGAGACAACAGAGACCGCGGUGGCCGUGACCGCGAUCGCGACCGUGAUAACUUUCGCCGACGAGACCGCUCCUUAGAUCGCCGAGACGAUGAUUUUUACCGCGGAGGUCCACGCGAUCGCCGUGGCGCCAGAUCAAGAGAGAGACUCCCACCCAGGGCCCGCUCGCCUGACCGAAGACGGGACCGCAGCAGAGAUGACUAUAGGAGGCGAGACGACUCUAGAAACAGAAGCCGUCGUGAGGGUACGGCUGACUCUCACAAUCGCAGCAGCCGUGCCGAUAGCCGGUCUCGAAAGAGUCCAGUGGCCGACAGUGGCAGGAAUGGAGUUGAUGAGGCUCAAAAGGCCAAAUCGAAUGCCACACAGCCUGAGGUCGAUAAGAAGGCAGAGCGAUUAGCCAAGCUUGAAGCAUGGAAAAAGAAGAAGGAGCUCGAAGGCCAGAAGCAGAAAGAAGUGAAUGCUAGCCAGACGAGAAAUCUUCUUGCUGAGAUGGACAAAAAAGCCAAAGAGGGAUCGACAGCUGCGCCAUCGCCUGUUGUAUCGUCGGCAGCUUCGCCGACCCCUGUUGACUCGGGCAGCGCAUCUCCAGCAAAGCCUUAUCUCGGCAAGUUUGAUCCAAAAACGAUUGCAAAGAAGUCUGCCAGUCAUCAAAAGUCAAAUGAUUCAACUAAAGGCGCUUUGGGAUCUAUAGAUAUUCAGCCAGGCAGCAUUCCCGCCCCUGUUAAACAAGCACCUACUGCAUCCGCGCUACCCACAAAUCGCGCCAAGACUAGCAGUUUUGGAUUUGGCAAGUCUCAUGCUGAGGGAGACAAGUUCACUAGCAAACGAAAGCUGGACCUGGAUGAGGAGGUCACAACCAAACGACAACUGACCAAACUCCCUACUCUCCCCACAGAAGCGGAUGAUACUCCUUACGCCGACCAGGAUGAGGACGAUGAAUCGGAUGGCGAUAAUUUUGCUGAAAAUGAAGAAGAGGCUGCCGCUGCUGCUCGCGCUGCUCACGAAAGGCGUCUUCAAGCUGAAAACCAAGCAGAGAACCCAGCAGAGAACCAGGCUGAUGAAGAGAUGAAGGAUGCCGAACCCCAAACCGCGGAACAAACCAAUGGUGAACAUGCCACCAAUGGAGAGACCUUCAGUAAACCCCCGGCAGAAUCUAUGGAGGUCGAUGAGGAAGACGAAGAAAUCGAUCCUCUAGAGGCGUUUAUGGAUGACCUCAAACAGGCAGAGACCACGAAGAAUCCCCCGAAGAAGGCAUCUGUGACCAAAAAGAAGCAGGAGCCUGAGGCGUAUUUCUCGGAGGAUGAUUAUGCUUUCGAAGAUCAGGCGGACCCGAAUGCAGAUGCCCUGCUUACCAUUGCGAGUAAACGCAAGAAGAAGGAUAUUCCAAGCGUUGACUACUCCAAGAUUGACUUGCAGCCUAUUCGCAAGAAUUUCUGGGUUGAGCCUGCAGAGCUGAAUUCACUUUCUGAAGCGGAUGUCGCCGAUUUACGAUUGGAGCUGGAUGGAAUCAAGGUCAAUGGCAAAGACGUCCCCAAGCCCGUUCAGAAAUGGGCCCAGUGUGGACUUACUCGUCAAACCCUUGAUGUCAUUAGCUCACUUGGAUUUGAAAAGCCUACGCCAAUUCAGAUGCAGGCUCUUCCCUCGUUGAUGUCUGGUCGAGACGUCGUCGGUGUGGCGAAGACAGGAUCUGGCAAGACUAUGGCUUUCUUGCUUCCCAUGUUCCGACAUAUCAAGGAUCAAGAGCCGCUCAGGGAUACCGAUGGUCCUAUUGGGCUUAUUAUGACGCCAACGCGAGAGCUCGCCACGCAAAUUCACAGAGAUUGCAAGCCCUUCUUGAAGAUGAUGAACCUACGUGCCGUCUGCGCGUACGGAGGAGCUCCCAUCAGAGAUCAGAUUGCUGAGCUCAAGCGCGGUGCCGAAAUCAUUGUCUGUACCCCUGGUCGUAUGAUUGAUCUUUUGGCUGCGAAUCAAGGAAGAGUCACCAACCUCAGGCGAGUGACCUAUGUGGUUCUCGAUGAAGCCGAUCGAAUGUUUGACAUGGGUUUCGAGCCACAAGUAAUGAAGAUCUUUGCCAACAUGCGACCUGAUAGACAAACAAUUCUAUUUUCAGCUACCAUGCCACGCCUCAUCGACUCACUGACCAAGAAAGUGCUGAAGAGCCCCAUUGAAAUUACCGUGGGUGGUCGCAGCGUCGUCGCCAAGGAGAUUGAGCAAAUUGUGGAGAUCAGAGAGGAGAGCACAAAGUUCGUCCGUGUUCUGGAGCUGCUAGGCGAGCUCUAUGACAAGGAUGAGGAUGCUCGCUCGCUAAUCUUUGUGGAGCGACAGGAGAAGGCGGAUGAUCUACUCAAGGAGUUAAUGCAAAAGGGCUAUCCUUGCAUGUCCAUUCACGGAGGCAAAGACCAAGUCGAUCGUGACUCUACCAUUUCAGAUUUCAAGAAAGGCGUGGUGCCGAUCCUAAUUGCCACGUCAGUCGCCGCUCGUGGCUUGGACGUCAAGCAGCUCAAGCUCGUUAUCAAUUACGACGCACCUAACCACUUGGAAGAUUAUGUCCACCGAGCCGGACGAACGGGCCGUGCAGGAAAUACGGGAACAGCAGUCACAUUUGUAACCCCUGAACAAGAGAAUUGCGCACCUGGUAUUGCCAAAGCCUUGGAACAAAGUGACCAACCUGUCCCAGAAAGGCUCAAUGAGAUGCGAAAGUCUCAUCGUGAGAAGGUCAAGUCGGGCAAGGCAAAGGACUCUUCCGGCUUUGGCGGAAAGGGUCUGGACCGUCUAGACCAGGAACGCGAGGCAGCUCGUCUUCGAGAACGUAAGACACAUAGAGCUGAGGGUGAAGAAGAAGAGGUUAAAGAAGAGGGCAAGAAAGAGGAGGAUGACAAGAAGAUCGAAAAGACACUUAACGCCAUCAAAGCUGCGGCCUCGACCGUUCAGUCUCGCGAAUCUGCCAAAGCCGACACAGGAGACGGCGGCGCAAGCAAAGCAGCGCAACCCGCCGCCGCCACAGCCGACAAGGCCAAGGAUCCCCUGGAUAAGGUUAGCUCUGCUGUCAGUGCCAUCAACAGCCGUCUCGGCAAAGCUGGUCAGCUUCGCUCAGGCCAACCCAUCGACAACAAGGGUCCGGACGCUGGUGCUUUCCACGCCACGCUGGAAAUCAACGACUUCCCCCAGAAAGCCAGAUGGGCUGUUACCAAUCGUACAAACGUGGCUAAGAUUUUGGAGGCGACUGGAACGUCUAUUACGACCAAGGGCAGCUUCUAUCCUCCCGGCAAAGAAGUGCCACCUGGAGGAGAACCCAAGCUGUAUAUUCUUAUUGAAGGUGAUACUGAGCUUGUGGUGGCGGGUGCUUUGAAUGAGAUGACCAGGCUUCUGAGAGAAGGUACCAUUGCUGCUGCGGAUGCGGAUAGCAGAGCGCCGGCGAGCGGAAGAUACACUGUCACUUAG